GAAGCUUCGGAAUGAUUCGGUUGCCUCAGAACAACGCGCGAUGACACUCGAGAGGAAAUUGGAAACGAAAGACGUUUAAGGCUAUUUCCACAAAAAAUCACCGUUGACUUGACUAUUGACUUGCGCAUCUCUGAAUGAAAGAAAGUGAAUACCUCCUUAGUACGACUGAGAUAAUUAUCAUCGCCUAAAAGUAAAAGGGGCAUAGAGCUAAGAUACUUGUCGACAAUAAAUUUUCGGCUCUAAGAACAACUGAACACGGCCUGCCAGAUUCAACUCCCAGAAGCGCUCGACGCAGAUCCUUUCUUCUUCAAGAAGCUGGAAAACUGGCUUGGGGAGACCUUCGACGCGCUUGCAUCAAUCCUCAGAACUUUUGAGUGCGAUACUUUGGAUGACGGUACUUGUGAAAGCGGUGAAAG